AUGUCGAGGCAAAAGUUUAUGUGCACAGUUUAUGUGCAAAGUUUAUGUGCUCAGUACCCUGGUGGCCUUCAAGGCCACCAGGGUACUGAGUGUACAACCACUCCAUGCUGUGUCAACUGCAAAGAGGCCCAUCCUGCCUACUCCCGAAAAUGUUCCAAGUGGCAAAGAGAGAAAGAGAUUCAGCGGGUAAAGACGGUGAAUAAUAUACCUUACCCAGAGGCAAGACGCAUGGUCACUUUAAAUGCACCAGUGAAACAGAAGACAUUUGCUGCUGUUCUGAAAUCCACAAAGACAUGUGGAGUUCAGACAGACAUUUCUGUUUCACCAAAUGAAUCUCUAACUCGCCAUGAAAAAUGUUUGCUAAUACCAUCCACCCAAACAGCAGAAAAGGAGAGCCCAAGAAGACUAAAACACCCCUACCUAAAACAGGGGUAA